GGGAGUCAUUUAAUACGUCAAAGCGGCAGUUUUCCAAUUUUCAUUUGCAUUUCUCAAGCGGUCUGCAACGAUUUCGAGAAAAAUUUCGCUACGGAUAGUCUGCUAGAUCUAGAGUCUAGUAGAGUAUGUUUCAAUAGUUGUCUUGCGUGGCCAUGUUAUCUUUACUCCUAGUAAAAUUGGAAAGCAAAUAAUGAAAUAAUGCUGUUUAUCAGCUUAUGAAGUUCUCAAAGCCCAAGACUCAACAUUAAAGACAGAAUUAACAGAGCAGACACAAAACUUCAGUAUUCAAUCCAAAUGUUUAAAAAGAAGAAAUAGUUUCUGUUUCUCCCAAUUUUGAGGCUGUUCUUUAAUAAUUAUAUUCAAGAAUAAAAGAUGAAGGGAAUGGUUGGAAUGAAGGUUAUCCAGACAAUCUAGAUAUGCUUCAAAUAAAGACAGAGAACGAGCUUGAAGAUGAUAUCAGAAAUUUUGAAAUUAAAGAUGGUGAAAAAAAUAAUUACUUGAUCGCCACGACACUUUUAGAUAGAAUAAAAAAUGAGCAUGGGUAUGUUGACUGGACUCAAUGUGAUUUGAAUAUUUAUCUUGAGACCCAGGUUCACCAUGAUUUUCCAAGACUUGCAGGAGUAAUAAAAAAUGAAACAAAUAAAAACACAAGUGGAACACUUUUAGAUAGAAUAAAAAUUGAACAUAAUUAUGGAUGUUGGAGUGAAUCUUUUUUUAACGAACCUGAGUUGAAGCUUGAAUGUAUUGUGACAGCUUUGGAAAAUGGAGCUCGAGAAGUUAGUCACAUUAACCUGGACAUAAAGCAGGAGGAUGAUCAUGAUACAAGCUCAACAAACAGAAUAUGUUAUGAGCCCAGCAAUGACUCUCAUGUAGAAGAAAAUGAUUGUUUUAAAAUUGAUAUUGCCGAUGGGGAGCUAAAUACAGAUAAUAAUGGAGGUUUCAAACUAACAGAAAUCACUGAAGAAUUGAUUUUGAAAAGUGAUGAAGAUGAAAGCUUGGCUGCAGUUGCAGAAAUAGAUUUAGACAGAAAUGAACUGAGAACUUCAGAGAAGUGCAAUCUUAUACCAAAAAAACCUGAUAAGAUAUUAUUUAGUUGUUAUAACUGUGAUUAUGCAACAUAUAAGAAAUGUUUUCUAGAAGAACACAUGAAAAAUCAUAAUCAAUCCAAAUAUACUCACAAAAUUUUCAGCUGUAGACAGUGCCGUAAAAAACUGAAAGAUAAAGUGCUCCUAGAUCUACAUAUGAAAAUAAGUCAUCCUAGUUCAAUUAACCGGAAAUCUCGCAGUAAAAAUCAUAAUUGCAGUCUGUGUAAGACAGCCUUCAAUGGUAAACUAAACUUGAACGAACAUAUUGUUAGAAAACAUCCUGGUUUAAUCUCGUCAAUCACUAACAAAGUAUACGAAUGUGUUAAAUGUUCCUAUAAAACACUCCAUAAAAAGUUACUUGAUCAACAUGUAGUAAGAAUCCAUCCAGAUUGUAUUGAAUCAGUCACUACAAAGUUAUAUGAGUGUGAACAUUGCGCAUAUAAGAGUGUUAGAAAGGUUAAUUUUGAUGAACAUGUGUCUAGACAUUUUGGGGUUGCACCGGUAGGCAAACCCAGCACUUGUCAAUACUGUCAAAUGUCAUUUAAAAGUAAGAGAACGCUCGACGACCAUGUGGUCAAACUACAUCCCAGUUUUGCCGCAUCAGUGUCCAGUAAGACAUAUCAGUGUAUUAAAUGUGGAUAUAAAACCACAAGAAAACACCAUUUUGACAGACAUAUAUCAGUACAUCCUCAGACAAAACCGAGUUGUGAGCUCACCACUUGCAUUCACUGUAAUAAGGAAGUGAGUGCAGCAGGGUUUGAUGAACAUGUUGUAAAAAAACAUCGUGAAUUUAUUGUAUUGGUUACCAAUACCGUAUAUGAUUGUUCAAGGUGUACGUACAAAACGACCAUAAAAAAGAAUUUUGACAAGCAUUUGUCAGCACAUCCUGUGUAAUUUUUUCAGUUCCUUAUGUUUAGUAUCACCGUUACAGAUUGAACAGAUUUAGAUUAUUACACCGUACCUAUAUGUGAUUUAGCUUGUUUAAAUGUAAUAUACUUCUCUAUAAUUGUUGAUUCCCUUAUUUAUUUUAUAUUUAUACGUAUUUUCUCGGCAUGUUUGCUUAAACGCAUAUAUGACUUAGUUUCACAUUGACAAGUCUUAUGUCAUGUAAAAUGAUCUAAUAGGACAAUAAACUAUCCAUAAUCAAAUCCAAGCGAAUAACCAAAAUUGUGUUCAAAUGUGUUAUGUGCCGCGGUUAUAAUAUGGUUCAAGAUGACACACGGAUUGAUGACGUCAGUUACACGAAUCGCUUGAACGCGUUGGUUUUAACCGCGGUUUUGUUGCAAGUUGUUUAUUUUAGAAAAGGGCGUAUAUAAUCUCUCAUUAUUUUUAUUAUCACUUAAUAAUCGGUGCUUUUUCGUCUACAACUGUAUAUGGAAAGUUUAAAUAAGAAACCUUUCAUUAUAUUCAUGGGAGAAAUGUUUUUUUCAGAUUUUUUUUUAAUGAUGGAACCAUGGCUUUGUAGCUAUGAUAACUUUCAAUUCUCAAAAUUUUUCCGCAUGUCAAAGAAAACAUUUAUUGAUUCAGCAGAAAUGAUGAAAAAAGAUAUUAGCAAAACCGUAUACAGGUGGAUAUCAUCUAGUGAGUUUAUAUGGCAUAUGGCCAUAUUUUAAUAUUCUUGUAGUAUAUGGCUACACAGGAUACUUUGUUAAGCAUAGGAACUACAUUUAAAGUGUCCUCAACAACCGUAAUGAGUAUAACUGAUAAGGUGCUCCACUUUAUGGUAAAACUGAAGUCAGCCUGUAUCAUUUUUCUCAAAAAUGAAGCUGAAGUACAAUAACAAUAUCCAAUACCCGGCAAAAUUCUAACUUGUCACAUUUCAAAUAAUAACCAGAAAUAUGAAACUACUCUUGAGUUGGGUAAAUACCACAAUUUUGCGGUGAUAACUAUGACAUAUAACAGCUGAUUCGUGACGUCACGGAUCUUAUAACCAAACUGAUAACUACACUCGCUUGAACGGAUUGGUAAAUACCAACCCAAAAUUGUAAAUACCAUUUGGUUAUCCGCUUGAAUUUGAUUCAUGUCUAUCAAUCUAUUCUACUAUAACAUAGUCAACCUAAUGCUAUUCCCACGUUCAAAAAGUCUCAUCUGAGAUACCAUAGCGUCAUCUAGUCGUUUGUUCGUACAACAGUCGGUUAGCGUGUCCAAGAUCCGGCCAUACGAAUUCCGUUCUACGCUUUGUAGCCACAGAACACUAAGCACCGAAGAAGAGAGGACUCCACGUUAACCGAUGACAACACUGUUGACGUUUGCCAGAACGGUGGUGCCACCUACUUGCCAGGUCUGAAGGAACUAUUGAAUGAAUGCUGAGAAUACGCGAAUCUUUAUUAUUGGAUGGCGGUAAAUGGACACCACUUUGAGCACUUAUUACCACAUUGACCCAUCUAUUUAUAGCAAAUUAGUGUUUACUUCAACUUUAAUGUGCGUAAGUUGUUUUUUGCUUUUUUCAAUACUA